AUGAGGGAAAAUGAUAAUACAGAACAACAAAUAUCAGAUAUGACAACUUCAAAGGAUGAAAAAUCUAAUAACAAAAAGCCACAUUUGAGAAAAGCAGCAGGUAUUGUUUGGAAGGAUCCUACAUUAGACGAAUGGCCAGAAAAUGAUUUUCGAAUAUUCUGUGGGAAUUUAGGGAAUGAAGUAUCGAGUGAUAUUCUUGCUAAUGCCUUUAGAAAAUAUAAGUCCUUUAAUAUGGCCAAGGUAAUAAGAGAUAAAAGAAAUAAUAAGACCAAAGGAUAUGGUUUCGUUUCUUUAUCAGAUCCUCAAGAUAUGUUAGAUGCUUUAAAAACUAUGAAUAAUAAAUUUAUAGGGAAUAGACCUAUAACCGUAAAAAGAAGUAGAUGGAAAGAUAGAGAAAUGAAUUCUCAGAAAAAUAAAGACUUUGAUAACUUUUUAAAAAAUUCUCAAUUACCUACAAAAAAAUUUAGGAAAUUUAAAAAAAUCGUCAACAAUAAUGCUAAAGAUAUUCAUGAAAGAUUAAUAAAUAAAGAUACCUUGAACUAA